GGCGAGGAGGCAGAGGCCGGCGGGACUGGACGGGACGGGCAGCCGCGGGGGCCGCGCAGCCCUGCUGACACUCCGACCCCCGCAGGAUGGCGCUGAACCCGGGCUCGGCCCCCGACGCAGGGCCUUACUACGAGAACCGCGGCUACCAGCAUGAAGGCCUGUACCCGCCCUCGCCCCUGGUCGUCCCCAUGGCCCCCCAGGUCUACACCGUGUACCCGGCUCAGUACUACCCACCCGAGGUGCCCCAGUACGUGCCCCGGGGUGCAGCCCAAGCCUCAGCACCUGUCGUCCACGCUCGGCCCAAGGCCUCCCCGGAGACCCCGUGCUUCACAAAGACCAAGAAGGUGCUGUGUGGGGUGCUGGGCCUGGGGGUGGUGCUGGCCGGAGUCGCACUGGCUGCUGUCCUGCUGUGGAAGUUCUUGGAGGACGACUGCGCAGUGGCGGGCAUGGAGUGCGGCUCCUCCAAGAUCUGUGUCAGCCCCUCGCACUGGUGCGACGGGGUCCUGCACUGUCCGCAAGGGGAGGACGAGAACCGCUGCGCCCGCCUCUAUGGACCCAACUUCAUCCUCCAGGUGUACUCGGCGCAGAGCGGGUCCUGGUCCCCCGUGUGCCAGGAGGACUGGACCGACAGCUACGGGCGGGCCGCGUGCCAAGACAUGGGCUACCGGGGCAGCUUUUACUCCAGCCGAGGAGUCGUGGAUGACAGCGGGGCCACCAGGUUCUUGAAACUGAACAAGAGCGCCGGCAAUGUGGACCUCUACAAGAAGCUCUACCCCAGCGAUGCCUGCGUGCUGAAGAUGGUGGUCUCCCUGCGCUGCAUCGAGUGCGGGGUCCCGGGCCCCGCGCCCGGCCGGCAGGCGCGCAUCGUGGGCGGCAGCGUGGCGCGCAUGGAGGACUGGCCGUGGCAGGUGAGCCUGCAGGUGCAGGGCACCCACGUCUGCGGCGGCUCCGUCAUCACCCCCGAGUGGAUCGUCACGGCCGCCCACUGCCUGGAGAAGCCUCUGAACAACCCGCGGUACUGGACGGCCUUCGCGGGCAUCCAGAGCCAGUCCCGCAUGCUGUACGGGAGCGGCCACCGCGUGGCCAAGGUCAUCCCGCACCCCAGCUACGACGCCACCACCAAGAACAACGACAUCGCGCUCAUGAAGCUGCAGACGCCCCUGGCCCUCAGCGACAGGGUGAAGCCCGUGUGCCUGCCCAACCCCGGCCUGGAGCUGCAGCCCGCGCAGGUCUGCUGGAUAUCGGGCUGGGGCGCCACCUCGGAGAAAGGGAAGACGUCGGACCUGCUCAACGCUGCCGAGGUGCGGCUCAUCGAGGCCCGGCGCUGCAACAGCCGCCACGUCUACAACGGCCUGGUCACGCCCGCCAUGCUCUGUGCCGGCUACCUGCAGGGCCAGGUGGACUCCUGCCAGGGGGACAGCGGGGGCCCCUUGGUCACUCUGAAGAACGGCGUCUGGUGGCUGGUCGGGGACACGAGCUGGGGCUCGGGCUGCGCCAACGUGAACCGGCCGGGCGUGUACGGGAACGUGUCCGUGUUCACCGACUGGAUCUACCGGCAGAUGCGGGCCAACGGCUAAGCGGACUCGGCAGCACCCGGAGCCGCAGCUGACCCGUCCAGCUGGGACUCGCGGACACUCAGAGGAGCCUGUAGGGGCUCUGCCCGCCGGCCGUGCCCACUCCUCUCCGCCACGCUGCCCGGCCUGGGGCCUCUACCCGAGGCCCCGGGCACUGGUGACCUCUCAGCUGCUGGACAACAGUGCUGGAGCCGGGGCAGGGCCUGUGCCCCUCCCGGCCGCUCAGGGGGAAAUCAGGGAUUCGAAUCAGGUUCUCGUUGCUGCGCCCACACCUACCUCAGCCUGCCUGGCCUCGCGGCCGGGGGCCUCUGAGCGGGGCGUCCACGCGCCCCGGCCCAGCCACAGAGACCGGCUUCUCGGGAAUGUUCUGGAAGCGAGCGGCUGCAGCACGGAGGGCCAAGGGGAGCCGGGCUCCCGGACAGUGGC